AAAAUUGCAGCUUAAUAGUUAGAUUCACUUGACCUAGGGUUUUUGAAGGCCUGAGUCAUUCUUUUAAUAUCAAGACACUAGUACAGGGAGCUCACUGGCGAAUUGUACACUGCAUCAGUACGCAUUUCAAAUCUAUGCGUUCCUCAGUCUUGAAGGAUCUUCUAGGAAAACUAAAGGGGGUCGAUUAUGUUAUUCUAGAGUCUGUUGCAUUUGAAAAAUUUAGUUCAUGUCUGUUGUGUUCUGGCGUAAAAAACGUAUUCCCUAUUUAUGACGUCACUGAGGAACUAGUCAACAAAACCUUCAUUUUCAUCGUAUCCUCUCCAUUUACAAAUUCGCUCCUUGAACAGAUUACCUCUGUUGUGUGUGAAAAUGGAAAGCGUUCAGGUUCUCUUAUAUUGUCCACUGUAGAAGCUACUGGGAAUUGUGACCUUUUCAAGUUACCUCAUGUGAACGAAUAUCCGGAGUAUGAUGUGCAGUAUUUGUCUAAAGACAACAAACUGCUUACUUGCAAAAUAGAGUUCGUUUUUAGUACUCCACGAGAUGCUUUCAGAAAUUUGUAUGUCCUUCCAAAAUCGCACGCUUUACUUCCCGCAGGGUUUAGAAAAUCACUGUCCUGCGUUUUAUGAAAUCAACAGCAUCUUCUGGUCUUUGAAGAUUGUCGAAGAAGUUUAUUCAUUUGGACAGACUAGUAGUAAAGUUGCUGCACUGUUUGCUGAUUUUCCUGCUGCAGUAAACAGAAAAAAAUCUCUUCAUGAUAGUGCUGAAAAAUGCACAGCUUCAGUUAUUUUCAUUGAUGAAUCAAUUAUUUGUGACCCGAUUGCAUGUUUAGAGCCGUAUACAAGAUCAAAUCAUUUAUUAGAUACCAUUUUCGCUGAAUUAUCUCCUGACGGUCACCAAAUCAAUGUAUCGUGGGAACACUUAUCCAAGUGCCCAUCUGAAAAUAAAAGCCACGGGAAAAUUUUAUCACAUGACCUGUGUACGGAUUUAUUGCAGUCAAUGGAUGUAUCUGUAAAUCCCUUACUUGAUGAUUAUUUCAUGUUGAAAGAGCAUGCAUCACUCUCUAAAAUCCAACAAAACUUACUAAAUAUCUCUGAGUUGAUACACUAUGAGUUACCUGAAUUAUCUGAACCACCAAGAACCAAGGCAAAAUGGGCUGAUCUGUUACGAAAUCAAAUUAAGGAAUUAUUCAUACCAAUUUGUAAAUCGGGUCGUUUCGACCUUCUAAAUCAUAUUCAGUUAACGUUAGCUGUAAUUAAUGCAUUCGAUUCAAUUACAAGUCGCAAUCGAUAUCAUCAUAAUGUUCACGAUGAUAUGAUUAGUUUGGAGAAGUUAUUGGUGAAGUUUGAACGUUCUUUAUUGGUUGCCAGUCAGGCUGAUGCUAAACUUAUUCAACAACUUCAUAAACCAACACAUUGUGAGCCGAUUCUAUUAAAUGCUUACAAAGAAGCCAUAAAAUUACCAAGUCUUGAUGAGAUGUUUCUCUUCGUAAUACACACAAUAAGCUUAGUACCUAUUCAUUCACCUCUCUCAGAAUCAAUUUGGUCAGCUAUUCGAGAACUUUUUACAGUUGGCCGAUCAAAAACUGCUGAAACUUCUUUGCAUCAAAGAGUUCCAGGUGGUUUAAUUCCUCAAUGCUUAUCACUAAAUAAUCUUGUUCAAAAUAUAAAAUCAUUCCGUCAGAAACGAGCUCAAUUGCCUAGUUAUAACAACUUAGUAGGUGUAUCACAAGCUCGAUAUCAACCGUCGUUAGUACAAAUGAUGAAAGAUUUGGUAUUAGCCCGGGAAAAUCCUUCGGAAGCCAGUCCUGCAUUAAACGGGAUAGUUCGUAAGCCGUGCACAUCUUUAUCGAGCAAUUGGUUCGGAGAAUUAAGUCGAUUCAUUCGCAUUCCCGGUGGUAGCGGAAGCGUCGGGGAAAAUGAAAAAUGUUCUUUGUACAAAUCUGAUUAUAUUAUUCUUGUACCAUUGGGUAUUGGUAGUUUACCUAUUGGAUUAUGUCGUGAACUAUUUGAAGUUAUUACACCAUCUCACUCAAUGGUAAAUAAUAAGCCCUCUUCAAUGUUCAAACUAAAAAUCAUUACCAGUGGCUUCAGUGGUGGCCAAGGCGGAUUAUCAAGUCUUCUACCCAUGGAUAUGUAAUAAUACUAAGUAUUAGUAUUAUACAUUUUCAACUGGUCAUUAUUUCUUUGGCACACCUACCUACUAUUUUAGUUGGAGGCAGGUUUCCUCUGGGUGUGCACACUUUUUACUUUGCCUCAAAUAUGUCUGUAUUUUUUUAAUCUGUCGAUCUUUUGAAUAAUUUGUUCUUUUAUGUAUACGAUUGAUUUACAAAAGAAGGGACAAUGAUAAUAAUAUUAAUAUACCUUUUUUAUUUGUCUUUUAUUUUGCUAAUGAGAAUAAUUAAAACUACAAUAUU